GGGGGCGGGGCCGCGCCUGCGCAGGCUGCCUACUAUGGCGGCCCCCACUGAACCUCUCUGCGAGAGGGUCGAGUGGGAGGGACAACAGGCUGCGGCCUUCGCCGGGUACUGCUGUCCCGUGAUGAAUGUGGAGCCAUGGGCACUUGCUCCCACCCCAGCCAUGGACGAGGUCACCUUCAAAAGCGACACUGUGCUGUCAGACGUCCACCUCUACACCCCAAACCAGAGACACCUCAUGGUGCGGCUGAACGGCAUGGGGCAGCCCGGUCCAGGAUUUGAUGUUGGGACUGCAGAAGUGGACGAGCAGAUCUCUACCCUCAGGAAGCCCGCAGUCCAGCAGGCUCCCUUUUACGGGGCCCCUGUGUCACUUGCCUCCAGCUCCUCCCAUGGGGGGUCUGUGUUCUGUCCACCCCCACGUUCACAGUGGCCCUUUCUCUUUCGGUCUCCAUCCCGUCCAGAGCACACCAUGGCCACCCCCUUGGAGGAUGUCGGCAAGCAGGUGUGGAGGGGGUCCCUGCUCCUGGCGGACUACAUCCUAUUCCAACGGGAACUCUUCCGGGGACGCACGGUGCUGGAGCUGGGGGCGGGCACAGGGCUCGCCAGCAUCGUCGCGGCCACCGUGGCGCGGACCGUCUACUGUACAGAUGUCGGUGCCGAUCUCUUGGCCAUGUGCCAGCAGAACAUUAUUCUCAACAGCCACCUGACUGCUGCUGGAGGUGGAAUAGUUAAAGUGAAAGAACUGAACUGGCUGGAGGAUGACCUCUGCACGGAUCCCACGUUCCCCUUCAGCUGGUCCCAGGAGGACAUCUCCGACUUGCACGAGCACACCACCAUACUGCUGGCAGCCGAAGUGUUCUACGAUGAUGACUUAACUGACGCUCUGUUUAAAACGCUCUCCCGACUCGCUCACCAGUUGAAGAAUGCCUGUGUAGCCAUUCUCUCCGUGGAGAAGAGGCUGAACUUCACGCUCAGACACCUGGACGUCACGUGCGAAGCGUACGACCACUUCCUCUCCUCCCUGCACCAGCUGGAGCGGCUUGCUGACAGCCAGCUGCGCUUUGUGGUGGAACCGGUGGACGCCUCCUUCCCGCAGCUCCUCAUUUAUGAGCGCACCCAGCAGCUGGAGCUCUGGAAGGUCUCAGUGGAACCAGCAGCCUGACCCGUCGCAUCAGCAAGCAUGGCUUCUUGACUGUUCCUGUGAUACAUUUCUAAUAAAAGCUCAGAAAAUAA